AGAGAUCCCGUGGCUUUAAUUCCCCUCACUACUUUUUCAGCCCUCUUUCGAUGUGCCCCGUUAUUGUCAUUUGUCUGAGGCGUUCAUUUCCGCACCUGCCACGGUAGACACCAGGCAAAGGCGAAGUAGAGGAGGAGACAAGGACAUUGCGAGAGCCGGGAGAGAUAGACGGUAGAGACAGCCGCAACGACUCGGUUGAGAUCUUAAAGGACAAAAAAAUGCUGCUCUGGACCAGAAUCGUCUUGGUCGGUCUCAUCUGCUUGUCCUUGGUGUCCUCUGGGAUGGGAUGUGGACCGGGCAGGGGCUACGGCAGGAGAAGACACCCGAAGAAGCUGACACCUCUUGCGUACAAGCAGUUCAUCCCCAACGUGGCGGAGAAGACCCUCGGGGCAAGCGGCAGAUACGAAGGCAAGAUCACAAGAAACUCCGAGCGAUUUAAAGAACUGACUCCCAAUUAUAAUACAGACAUCAUAUUCAAGGAUGAGGAGAACACCGGUGCCGACAGGCUCAUGACUCAGAGAUGUAAAGACAAGCUGAACUCGCUGGCCAUCUCCGUUAUGAACCAGUGGCCCGGGGUGAAGCUGCGGGUCACCGAGGGCUGGGACGAGGACGGACACCACUUCGAGGAGUCGCUGCACUAUGAGGGCAGAGCCGUGGACAUCACCACGUCGGACAGGGACAAGAGCAAAUAUGGCACUCUGUCCAGACUGGCAGUGGAAGCCGGAUUUGACUGGGUCUAUUAUGAGUCUAAAGCCCACAUCCACUGCUCUGUCAAAGCAGAAAACUCCGUGGCAGCGAAAUCAGGUGGCUGCUUCCCAGGCUUCUCCUCCGUCACCCUGCAGGACGGACGCAAGAAGGCGGUCAAAGACCUGAGAGCUGGCGACAGAGUUCUGGCUGCAGAUGACGAGGGAAACCCGAUUUACACCGAUUUCAUCAUGUUCCUAGACCAAGAAUCAGCGGCCAGACGGCUCUUCUACGUGAUCGAAACUGACACCGAGCAGAAAAUCGCACUGACCGCUGCGCACCUCCUCUUUGUCGGCACCAAUUCCACAGAUGAGAUGACCGCGGUGUUUGCGAGCCAAGUCCAGCCCGGCCAGAGAGUGUUUGUCUUUGAUGACGCGCACAACCAGCUCCAGCCUGUCACCGUUAAACGGAUUUACACGGAGGAGUACAAGGGCUCCUUUGCGCCGGUGACCGUCCAGGGGACCAUCGUGGUGGACCAGGUCCUUGCGUCCUGUUACGCGGUGAUUGAAGACCACGACCUGGCGCACUGGGCCCUGGCACCUGUCAGGCUCGCCCACUGGGUGUCCUCGUUGCUUUUGCAUUCCGAGCCUCACGCUGCUGCACAGAAAGACGGGGUGCACUGGUACUCCAAGAUCCUAUACCGGUUAGGAACAUGGCUCUUGGACACCCACUCGAUUCAUCCACUUGGGAUGUCAAUAUACUCAAGUUGAAACCUCAACAACAGGAGCAGAAUAAGACUAAAUGUAGGACAAAUGAACAACUCAGUAGAUUAAAAAAAAUAAAAUAAUAAUAAUAAAAAAGAGAAAAAAGAAAAAAAAGAGAAAAAAAGAAAGAAAAGACAAAGGCCCCAGCGGAGUUGGGAUAUUUAUUUCAGUGACUUUUCCAUGAUGUGUCCCCUUUCAAAGAAUGAAUGGAGCCUUAAAAAGUUUCUCUUUGAAUAAUUUAUUCUCAUGCGAACUCGCUGGUGUCACACAAAUGGAUUCCGAAAUGGUGUGACCAGCAAAUUGUGCAUAAUCUAUUUUUGUAUAUCUCAAGUU